AUGGCGAGACGGCGACUCUCUCCCAAAGCUCAUGCGUAGUUGCGGCGGACCGGCGAUGGAGUGACGACGUGCGGUCGACCGGAAACUGUAUUAUUUUGUGGUGAAAGGUUAUCCCAUAGAAAACCCCCUACUGGUGAGAAGAUUUGGUGGGCGAAAGAUAAUCAAAUUCCCAGGAGUCCAGGCAUCGUGUGUUGGUUGUUUCCAACAGUCACUGCCUUCUCCCCUCACUCUCUUCUUCCCCGAUGCACUAUACAACCAAACAAUUCAGAAUCGCAAACUAUAAUAUCACACUCUCUUCUGGCAAGCCGGCAAGGGGAAGAAACACGAGGAGAUAGUUAUUGUGUAGCUGAUGCAAAUACAACUAAAUGAACUGUUUGGUAAUUGAGCAUCUGGGUAAUCACACUAUUGCCAUCUACAAAAGAUAAGCCUCAGUAGUAAGAGAAAUCACAGGGUUUGGCCUCUAAACGUCAGAGCUUGCUCAUGGCGUCAAACAUCAGAAUUCUUUGGCUCCGCCCUAAAUGGCAACCAUCAAAUUUCGUCAUGCUUUCUUCGUUCUCCAGUUCCAACCAACCAGGAAAUUCCCAACAGGAAUUUUCCACCAGGAGCAAUUUCAUUAAUGAUGCAAAAAGUGAUGCUCGGCAGAUUCUUGAAGUUCUUUAUCAAGAUGGUCCAGGGUUUGAUACAAAAACAGCUUUAGAUGAUUUGCAAGUUAGGCUUUCUGGCCUUCUAGUGAGGGAGGUUCUUGUAGGGAUACUGAAAACCUUAAACUAUGCAGAUAAGAGUAGGUGUGCCAAGAUGGGGUACAAGUUCUUUUCAUGGUCAGGUCAGCAUGAGAACUACAAGCACACAGCAAAUUCAUACCAUUUAAUCAUGAAGAUUUUUGCAGAGUCAGAGGAAUUCAAAGCCAUGUGGAGAUUAGUUGAUGAGAUGAUUGAGAAAGGUUACUCAGUUACUGCUCGGACUUUAAACAUAUUGAUAUGUACUUGUGGUGAGGCAGGAUUAGCUAGAAAAGUAGUCGAAAAGUUUAUUAAGGCAAAGGUAUUUAAUUAUAGGCCGUUCAAGCAUUCAUUUAAUGCAAUUUUACAUUCCCUUUUGACUGUGAAACAGUACAGGUUGAUUGAGUGGGUGUAUCAGCAGAUGUUGGAUGAAGGCCAUACACCUGAUAUGCUAACUUAUAAUAUCCUCCUAUGUGCAAAGUACAGGCUGGGAAAACUGGAUCAAUUUCACAGAUUGCUUGAUGAAAUGGGAAGAAAUGGCUUUUCACCUGAUUUUCAUACCUUCAAUAUACUUCUUCAUGUCCUUGGAAAAUGGGACAAACCACUAGCAGCUCUUAAUCUUUUGAAUCACAUGAACGAAGUUGGUUAUGAUCCUAGCAUUCUUCACUUCACGACUUUGAUUGAUGGGCUCAGUCGAGCAGGCAACUUGGAUGCAUGCAAAUAUUUUUUUGACAGGAUGAUAAAACAAGGGAUAGUGCCCGAUGUGAUGUGCUACACAGUAAUGAUAACCGGAUAUGUCAUGGCUGGUGAACUUGAUAAAGCCAAGGGAUUAUUUUCUGAUAUGGUUAACAAGGGGCAGCUGCCAAAUGCAUUUACCUACAACUCCAUGAUCCGUGGGCUUUGUAUGUCGAGGAAAUUUGAGGAGGCUUGUUUGAUGUUGAAAGAAAUGGAAUCAAAGGGUCGUAAUCCAAAUUUUCUUGUGUAUAGUACACUAGUGAAAAACUUGCUAAAUGCUGGAAAGCUCUUGGAAGCUGAUCGAGUGGUGAGAUAUAUGGUGGAAAAGGGGUGCUAUAUGCCGCUUGUAUCAAAAAUCAGAAGAUAUAAAAGAUGUUGAAGAGGUACCUACAGAAUGAAAAUCCACCCAUUUUAGGCAGAAUGAAAUUGUUAUGAUUGGAUAUGGAGAAUGAAUUUCAUUUUCCAUUUUUACAUAUUGAGCAAUGGAAUCGAAUCAAAAUCUGGAAUCUCAAAUCCAUUCUGCACUGUUUCCUACAUACCAAGUGGACCCAUUGUGUAGGUUUAUGCAAGUGUUUAUCCAAUUACUGUCCUGUGUACUCUUUAGGUAUUAAUCUACCAUAUACAAAAACUUUUUUCUGUGAG